CUCUUACCAACAAAUAACUAAUUGAAAAUGUCCGCCUCUCAACAUCGUAUUGCUUCUAUUGCUGCUCAUUUGGCUCCUACUGGUAGUCAGCAGAAAUACUCUGCUCAUGCUCCAAAGAGUCCCGACGAUGUAGUGAUUAUCAGUGCCUUGCGAACUGCAUUGACCAAGGGCGGCAAGGGUGGAUUUCGUGAAACUCAACCCGAGUUCCUACUUGCUGCUGUUCUCAAGGCUACAAUUCAAAAAACUGGCAUUGAUCCCAAACUAGUUCAAGAUAUUCAGGUUGGAAAUGUACUAAUGCCUGGUGCUGGUGUGACCACGUCUCGUAUGGCUGCUUUAUAUGCUGGCUUUCCUGAAUCCACCGCAGUAUGUGCUGUAAAUCGACAGUGUUCCAGCGGUCUUGCUACGUGUGCAAACAUUGCUGGAGCAAUCAAGGCUGGCUACAUUGAUGUCGGCAUUGGUGCUGGUGUUGAAAGCAUGACUCUGUACUAUGGUCCUGGAGCUAUGCCAUCUAACCUUAACGAAGAAAUUCUCAACUAUGGUCCUGCCGCAGAUGUCUUGACUCCCAUGGGUGUUACCUCUGAAAAUGUUGCUGCCGAAUUUGGUGUAACUCGCGCCGAGCAGGAUACGUUUGCUUUUCGCUCUCAUAGUUUGGCUUUAGCAGCUCAGAAGGAGGGUUUGUUUAAAGAAGAGAUUGUUCCUGUCAAACUUGCAGACGGAACUGUCGUCGAUAGUGAUGAUGGUAUCCGUGCUACUACGGCAGAAGGUCUUGCAAAAUUGCGUCCUGUCUUCAACAAAAACGGCACUACUACUGCUGGUAAUGCUUCGCAGGUGACAGACGGUGCUGCUGCUGUGUUGAUGAUGCGUCGCAGUGUCGCCGAAAAGCUCGGUCUCAAACCAAUUGCCAGAUGGCUCGGGUUUUCUGCUGUCGGUGUUCCCCCCAGGAUCAUGGGCAUUGGGCCUGCAUUUGCCAUUCCCGCUGUCUUGACCCAAGUUGGUUUAAAAACAGGAGAUAUUGAUAUCUACGAAAUCAACGAGGCUUUUGCAUCCCAAGCAGUAUACUCUGUCAAGAAACUUGGCAUUGAUAUCAACAAGGUUAACCCCAAAGGUGGUGCCAUUGCUUUUGGCCAUCCUAUGGGUGCUACUGGUGCUCGCCAGAUUGCUACACUUCUUCCUGAACUUCGUCGCCAAAAGAAAUCGCUUGGUGUUAUUUCGAUGUGUGUCGGUAUUGGUAUGGGUGUUGCCGCCGUGGUUGAAAGCGAGGCAUAAGCGCUCUAUUGCCUGGCGUUUUUAAUCUUUUAGAGAUGUUUUGACAUUGGACUGGUCAACCGACGUUGAUUGGUUUGGGCACAGUAUGAGCGCUUUUGCAGAAAUCAGAUUCUAUUUUUUCAAUGAAAUGGCCUUGGCACCUCAGUGUUAUUGUU